GCCGGACGCUAUAGCGUCUGCUCUUGUCAAGAUGGCGGCGCCCAUGAGCGAGGGCGGUAAAGCGCUUGUGGACGCGGAACCCUCGGUUCUCCCUGGCGGGGCGGCGCCCUACGGAAACUUCCCAGACUAUUCCCGCUUCCACCCGCCGGAGGGACGCGUCCGUCUCCUGCCCACCGCGCUACUGAGCGAGCUGUUCCCUAGCCCGCGUGCGGGGCCCCUUUUGGGGCUUGACGUGGGGUGCAAUUCAGGGGAGCUCAGCAUUGCCCUCUACAGGCACCUCCUUGGGUUUAAGGAGAACAAAGCCAGCCCUGACCAUUCUACAGCUGGGAAGGACCUAAGCCUCCUCUGCUGUGACAUUGAUGCUGAGCUGAUUGAGAGAGCCAAGCAACACAGCCCCUUCCCUGGCUCCAUUUCCUAUGCCACUCUCGAUAUCAUGGACCCCAAUGCAAGAGAAACGGUGCUGAGCUGCUAUUUGAGCAGGUUCAACCGUUCGAUGUUUGAUAUUUGCUUCUGUAUGUCUGUGACCAUGUGGAUCCACCUGAAUCAUGGGGACAGUGGUCUGGUGAAGUUUCUGUCCUGCCUUGCUUCUAAAUGUACGUACUUGCUCGUUGAACCGCAGCCAUGGAAGUGUUACCGAGCAGCUGCACGGCGCCUGCGGAAACUGGGCAGGCAUGACUUUGACCAUUUCCGUUCACUCGCCAUCAAUGGGAACAUGGCAGAGAAAAUAACUCAGAUCUUGACCGAAGACUAUGCCAUGGAAUUUGUGUGUUGCUUUGGAAGCACCAGCUGGGACAGAAGCCUCUUGCUAUUUAAAUCAAAAGCAACUCAGCAUUAAUGACUUGGAAUUUUUUAUAUUUUGUCUGAGAGAAAGUUUUGCAUUAUUAGCAGGGCUGCCUAUAUCCUGUGAUUCUAUGAACUCAUUGUAAGUGUGCAGAAACUGGCAGAGAACACAUAACGGUGUUCUGAAAAUCGUGCACUUCUAUUAUUUAUUUAAAUUAUUUUGCAAGCCCCUAAGGCUGCAAAAAUGGACUUGGGAUAUCUGUUUGCAAUAUUGGUGCAAUCUCAGAAGCCUAAGAAGAUUGCUGAACAGGGGUUUCGUCAGAAGUCAGACUUGAUGCCCCCGUGUAGUGCUUUUACUCUGCCCAUGAUGAGCAGAAGCAGAAUAAAAUAUAUACCAGAUAAAGUAAUAUUGCAUAAUCAAGAGGUUCCCUGAUUCAGCUUUUCUUACCUUGUCAUAAAAUGUUAAAUUAUAUUUAUUCUUGAAAUUAAA